AGUCUGUCGACAUCUCAGGGUGAUAAAAUCAUGCACGAGUCGGUCAAAUCUGCAGAGCUUUCGGUGGACGAUAGAGCUCCUGGUGUGUUAAAGAUAUUUGGAGAAUCUAUUCUUCCAGGAGCAGAAUACAAGAGUGUCCUUGCCUCGUCAAGAUCCACAUCACAGGAGCUCGUCAAACAAGCCUUGGAAAGAUACAGCCAGCCAGCAAAUGUUUACAAGCAAUAUGUGCUCUGCGAUUCUGUUGGAAAACAGACUUCGGAUAACGUCUGGAAUACGGUUUAUGUUCGUGUCCUUGGCGAUUCUGACAAACCAUUAGAGCUGCAAGAUUUCUGGAAACCUGUGGAAGGAUUUUGCAGACGCUACGAGUUGCACAAGAGAAGUGACGUUAUUCGUGAAAUUGUAGCAGACGACACUUCGGGAAUUAAUGAAAAUGCCCGAAAGAUUAUGAUCUCUAAACUUCCUGCUGGUGCAAUUCCCUACACGACUUUAUGGGGUGGUGCAGGCGAUGCUAGUGACGAUAUGUCCAAAGGUAAUAGUAUUAAUGUGCACGAUCUUUCAGACAGCAAUUCGAAAGCAAAAAUGUCUAGUACUUUUGCACUGCAUCCAUAUUUACUGACUCUUAGAGGCUUCGAUACACACACUGAUUCAAUGCAAUAUCCCUUAAAGUCCAAAUGUACUACAGUAGGGAAGUUCAAAGGGCACCCAUACGCGUCAGAAAUAGGACUACCUGCUCCUGAUAUUCUUCCACUACACUGUCGUUUGUAUUUGAAGUCCUUACAACAGUGCAUAUCGAGCUUCCAUUCUGAUCAGAGAUAUUCCUUCUUUGUGGAAGUGGAUGUGCUGGAAUCUGCCAGAGUUACAAUCAAUGGACACAAUGUCCACGGAAGGACCGACAUGUAUGCAGGGGAUGUACUGACCGUGGGGAGACACUACAUGUUUCUGUACAAAGACCCCACAGGUGGACACGACAUCCCUCAACAACUGUGUUGGUUCACGCGCAGUCAGAACUACAUCAACGCAACGCUGUCGUCGCGAUCAGUCGUGGAGGAGCACGGCCUCGAAGACCAGUUCAACGUGACGUCAUCAGAAGACCUGACGUCUGCUUCCUUCGAGGCGGCAGAUGAUCUGCAGCAGGGAUACCAAGUUAGUUUGAUGUAUUCCAAAGAAAAGGAAGAUCAGCUCGUUAACGCCAUUACGGAGAUUCAUUGUGCUGGAACGGGGGACUACACCCUAGCCCCAGCAGUAUUCUUUGUGGCUUGCUUAGACUGUGCUGUCAGGAAAUUCAGCAGGCACCACAUUAGUAAUCUAUACAAACGGAUUUUAUACUGUAUUCGUACGAAAAUAGCGAGUCUAGCCAAGACGUUUUCAUCUCAACGGUAUCAAAGUCAGUUGUUUGAUCCAAAUGCGUUGGAGAAGGACAAAGAUCCUUUACGACAUCUGUUUUUCUGGCUCUCCAACUGUGUUCAGCUGUACACGCACUUGCAGCACGACGUGACGUCAUAUGGCGCCAACCCGGACCCAGAAGAUGACCGGUACGCCGGUCUGCACGAGCUUGUCGUUGGGUUGGAGGAUAUGAUCAGUUUCACCUUCCAGCAGACGAUCUACUCCGUUACUAAGGUUCUUUACCCUCUGAUAUCUGCCAUCCUGGACAGCAACCCGUUCUGUAGUAGCGAGUACAUGGAGAAGGAUGCCGUUGCUCAGACAAUCAACAUACUGCAGACCACCAGGGACGUAGCGUCUGACGUAAGGCUGCACAGUGACGUCAGCAAACAGCUCACGAUGUACCUCUUCUUCUUCCUGAGUACAUCCAUGUUCAACAGGAUCAUUGCAAAAGUUUCAGAGCAGGAUGAGUGUGCUUACAACUGGACGUUUGGAGUUCGUCUGCAAGCCACUUUGAGUCGUUUGGAAGAUUGGGCGGCAAGUGCUGACCUUGAAAUGGACUACCUUCGAAUAUCUGAAAAACUCAUAGCUGUCGCUGAUCUGCUAGCUAUGUCUAAGCAUAUACUGAUGCGAAUGGAUUGGCAAGCCUUUCGUAAUCAGUUUUCUCCCCUGAAUGAAGUACAACUUCUGAAGUUGCUUAGCAACUAUGAUCUCGGCCCCCGACGACAGGCACCAAAAGAUUGGUUCCCAACUGACAUGGCAACCUUUAAUCUCCAGAGUACACAAGAUCUUCAAGUUAGUCUGUCGUCUCAUCCAGCAUUCGUGGUACCUAAGGAAGGAGCAAAAGUGGAUCUAACGCAACAUUUCCCUGAAGGUCUCUACAGACAACUUGAUGUUCUACAAAACCUGUAUGGCGCCAUUGAAGAUGACAACGACAGUGGCCUCAGUGUUAGUAACACACCGCGUGUAUCAUUCGAGCCAAGACAGACAGGUCCCAAGACGCCAUUCUACUACACCGCAGGGCACCAGGAGAGAAACCAUCCUGAUCAAAAUCCAGCAUCACACAAAAUGCGACAGAGUCAUCCGUGGACAACACAACCUCAGAAUCACAAAUUCAAUUCGUUCGUGGAAUCUCAACAAAAUUCAAACGACAACGACGACUGGUUGCAGAAACCAUCAACGCAGGUAACGAAUGCCAGUCAUUCUCAAACGAUGUCGAAAAGCAUGUCGGGUAAGACAGUGACAAGGAAGGUAAAUUCGACUUUUAAAGUUCCACCUCUGAAGCUUCCAACAAACGAUGAACCAGGUUCUCCAGAAGAACCUUCUCUGGUUCAUCGAAAGUCCUCAUCCUCGGCGUUGCCGAAAAACAUCUCUCGGUCCGUGGACAGCCUGCAUCAGACCGGCGUCUCGACACGAAGUAGACACUGCUUGCCGCAGCGUCGUCUUCACCACCAUCGCGUACAAGCAGCCAUCUUGACUCCCAAGGCAACAGCAACAAAAGGCAGAACGAGAUGUCCCAUAGAACCCAGUCGUAUUCUGAUGAAGUUUCAAAUAAGAGGAGAUAUUCAGGGUCCAACAGCAUUGCAACUAACAAUAUAUGGAAGGAGUUACCGCACGAAGCUUUCAGUAAAUCAGACUGCUAACUUUACUUACAUCAAACAAAAUUCAGAAUCAGCCCACAACUCUACACCGGCCGGUCUUGAUAUGUUUGAUAGCGGCGUACCACGAUGUCGACGAUCAUUGCCGUACAUGCAGGAUACUACCCACAGUGACGUCACUGACAAGGUCGUCACGGUAACGUUGGAGAAAGAAGGGACACAACUCGGUCUUGGACUGAUUGAUGGUUUGUACACUCCUCUACGUACGGCAGGAAUAUAUGUGAAAAACAUUCUUAUUGACAGCCCUGCCUUUAGAAAUAAACAUUUGCAAAUUGGUGAUCGGAUUCUGGCUGUUAAUGGCAAAAGUAUCAUCGGUUUUGAUUACCAAAGUGCUAUGAAACUCAUCAAGACGUCGGGCCAGAGACUGAACUUUUUGAUUGCUAAAGGAAAUGAAAGCGUUAUAAAGCAGAUAGCAUCCACAAAAUACUAAUACGCAUUUGGUGAUACAUACGGCGAAUUGUACCUGAGAAAAUACGGUAUACGGUAUUAACCCUUUGAACCUUGUGGGCCACACUGGACAAGAAAGAAAGUAUAAUAGACCUAGGGUGAGACAACCUAGAAUCAAGAGUUAAUAUAUGAACGUGACGUGUGUUGGUGAUAAAAGUGAUGUCAUUGAAUAGAUAGCAUUAUCUCGCCUUCAUGUAAAAUUCUUUAAUCCCAUUGGUUGUUUGCCGUUGGACAAAUCCCUUAUCCCCCUGUGGGCGGAGCCAAAUUCUCUUAUACCCCGUCUGUAAUUUCCAACA